AUGGCCGAGGAACAAAAGCCCGUCGCCGCCCAGGCUCCCAAUGCUGAGGCUGAGAAGGAUGUUCAGAAUGUGCUUGCCGAAUUGAAGGGCGAGGCCGAAGCCCCUACCAAUGGAACCGAGAAAAAGGAAGAGGCACCCGCCGAUAAGACCACAGAAGACGCCGAGGAGGCUCGCAUUGUGGCCGCUGCCGCGAAGCUCGGCGAGCAGUCCGAGAAGGCUGAAAAGGAUGCCAAAUCAGAGGGUCAACAGGAAUACCGCGGUCGCCGGCGCGCCAACCAGAGCAAGUUCGACCCGUCCGCGCAAGAGGAGACGGACGACCCAGUCGAGAUUCGCAAGCAAGUCGAGUUCUACUUUUCAGAUUCCAACCUUCCCAUGGACAAGUUCUUGUUCUCCAAGGUCGGCGGUAGCAAGAACAACUCUGUUCCCCUUGAGCUUCUCCACUCCUUCAAGCGCAUGCGCCGUUUCCAGCCCUUCAGUGCCAUCGUCGACGCUCUUAAGACUUCCGAGACCCUAGAGCUGACCGACAACGACACUUCCGUGCGCCGCAAGGUUCCUCUUCCGGAGUCGGUCACGGAUGUACACGAUCCUAGCGUCGUGAAGGUGUUUGAAGACAAGGCCAUGGCCCGCAGCAUCUAUGCCAAGGGCUUUGGAGAGGAGCAGCCUACCACGCAGCUUGAAAUUGAAGCUUUCUUUGCUUCUUACGGACCUAUCAACGCUAUCCGUCUGCGUCGGACCGCCGACAAGCACUUCAAGGGCAGCGUUUUCGUUGAGUUCGACUCCGAGGAGAAGCAAAAGGCCUUCCUUGAACUCGACCCCAAGCCUCAGUGGAAGGGCCAGGACCUUCUGAUUAAGAGCAAGAAGGAAUACUGCGAUGAGAAGGUUGCAGACAUCGAGGCUGGCCGGAUCAGGCCCAGCGGUGGCCGAGGCCGUGGCGGGCACAGGGGCGGCCGCGGAGGGCGCGGAGGCAACCGUCGCGACAACCGCCGUGACAACCGUGACUGGAGAGAGCGACGUGCUGACGACCAGAAGCGGGGCUUCAGGAACGACCGGGAUCGUGAUCAGCCUGAGCGUCGUGAGGUCCAGAAGGAUGCUCGCGGCGUGCCUGUCGUGCAGAGCACCGCAGAGUCCACGGGUCAAAAGCGCACCCGUGAAGUCGAAGCCAACGGCGAUCACCCUGCCAAGAAGGUCGAUUCCAAGGAGUAA